AUGGCAAGAGGGACGGUGGCCACAUACCUGCAUGGAGUGCUUCUCCUGACUCUGUGGAAACCCUCGCUGCAAGGAGGUGUAUACGUACCAGCUGCUGGAGGAGCUGGAGCUGGCACCGGAGCCAGUGCAGGACUUGGAUUUGGAUCUGGAGGAACUGGGACUGGUUUUCAGCCUGGUGGUGGUGGAGCUGGUCAAGGAGGAGGGUUUGGUGGACAAGGACCUGGGGGAGUUGGACCAGCUGGAGCUGGAACAGGAGUUGGUCCAGGGGGACUUGGGCCGAGCACCUUUGGUCCAGGCUAUGGUGGACAGGGAGCUGGACAAGGAGCUGGAAGCAUAGGAGGAGGACUGGGACCAGGAGGAGGUGGUACCGGAGGUUUCGGGCCAAGUGGUGUUGGUCCUGGAGGCUACGGAACUGGGCCUGGUGGAGCAGGUCCAGGUGGUUUUGGACAAGCAGGCACUGGUCCAGGUAGCCAAGUAAAAAGUGGGCAGAGGUUCAACCAGUGUAAGAUCCUGGACUGUUACAGUAAAACAUAA